UCCAAAUCUUUUCAUCUCUCCAUGAAUUCUAUUAGCACCGGAGCAGUUGAAAAUGUCGAAUUCUCCAUCCAAAAUCUAAUAAGGAGUUGGUGCAGACGGCAAAAAUGGCGACAACUCUGCCUCUUCUCUCCAAAAGAACAACAACAAGAAGUACUCAUCUCCAUCAAACAACAAUGGAGAAUCACUUUAUCAGAGUUCCUAGAGUCAUACCAAGUUCACCUUUUCACCAUCUUCUUGCUUUCUCUCGACAUCAUCUUAACGUCCCUCGAAUUGUCUUCUUCUCUGCUCUCCUGCACAUCAGUCAAGAAAGCUGAAACCGAGAAUGAAUGGUUCCGCUGGGGAGGAACCACGAUUCUUAGCAUCCUUGCCGUUAAAUCCAUUGCACUGGCUGUUGCUAUGGGGAAAUCAUUCUUCAUGCAACCGGGUUGUGUAAUGGAUGGUGCACUUGCGAUUGUAGCUCUGAUUCUUCAGGUGCUUCUUGAGAAGAAAGGGACAGGUUUCAUCGUGGUGGUGAGUUUGUGGCGGGUUCUGAGGGUUGUGGAGACUGCGUUUGAGCUUAGUGAUGAAGCCAUUGAAGUGCAGAUAGAUAGAAUCAUCAGCCAGUUUCAAGCUCUUAGUAAAGAGAAUAGAACAUUGCUAGAGACUCUUGCAGAGAAAGAUGAAGUAAUUAAGAAGCUAGAGGAAGAGCUUAAUCACUUCAAAGAAAAUGGCGAUUUUCUAAUUGUGAAAAACCAACCAUAUCUAGGGAGGCUAUAAAAACUCAAUAUAUGCAGAAUCUGAAAUCCCCUGUUGUAUUAAAUUUAAUAGAUUGUUUAAAGCAGUUAAUUCAAAGAAGUAACAAUUAAACUCAA